GGCUGAGUUUGCAGGCUAUAGCUACAUGGAUAUUACUUGUGGGAGGCCCCCUAACGCCACUGGAGCACGCAUAGGAAAUCCUCGACCCCUGGCUGUCAAGCUAGUUAGCUAGUCUAGCUAAGUUAGCUACCUAGUUAGUGUUCUUGUUUGAAACUCGUAACGUUGCUGCGCUUUUCGAUUUUUGUGUUUCUCUGCGUAGCUUUAUCUUUUUCCUACACAUCGCUAGCAACCCACUAUUACGAGCUCCAUGGCUUGCUAGUCAGUUAGCUAUGUAGCUAGUUUGUCCGGGGGCUUUUGUUUCUUGCUAACGUGUUCUGAAUCAAUGAAGCUCGUUGCCUGAAUUACUUUGUGCUAAUUAUAGAUAGAUAAGGUUCACAGCUAGUUACAUAGUUCAGUUUUGCUAACGUUAACGUCAUUCUUUCCCCCACGGGCACUGAUAUAUUGAUAGUUGUCGGUAUUUAACGGCAGCUUUAUAAUUUUUGUAUACAAAGUAUCCAACAGACAAUACAUGAAUGUUUAACAUAAAUUCAGUCAAGCAUGCAUUGUUUUAGGUAACCGACAUUGUCUUAUAAUAUAAUGUCUUUUCGGUGCAGUGUUAUUUCUAGAGAUAACGUUAAGAAUUUUGUGCGGUAUAGCUAAUAGGCUAGUUUACUAGCUAAGUUAGGUGCAACGUUCGACAUCGUGUCUGGGUAGCUAUAUUCACAAGUUAGCUACAUUGUUUUUCUUUUCAAAAAUCUGUAUUUUUAGCCUGCUAACUGAAGAGUUAGCUAACUCUAAGUGCUUCGGGCAUCGGCCAUACCGCACUGAUACGUUCAAGGGUAACCCCUCUGGAAUCCUCUCAGAAGAAGACCAAUUUUGUAGGAGAUACUACACCGAACACUCAUGAACAUACAGAGGUCAAAUCCCAUUAACAUAACACGUUAUGGGAGAUCAAGGCAUAAAACGCACGACUUCGAGGAGUUAUCUUGUCUGAGGACUACAGAAUCGAUUCAGAGUUUCAGCCCCAAUUUAGGAUCUCCGAGUCCCCCCGAGACUCCAAAUCCCUCGCAUUGCAUUUCUUGCAUUGGGAAAUACCUAUUGUUGGAGCCGCUGGAGGGAGACCACGUUUUCAGGGCGAUUCAUUUGCACAGCGGAGAGGACUUCGUUUGCAAGGUGUGUGAUAUCGCUCGAUAUCAGGAAACGUUGGCAGCCUACUUUUGCCUGUCAGAACACCAAAAUAUAAACCAAAUAGUUGAGAUUCUUCUUGGGGACACAAAGGCCUACGUGUUCUUCGAGAAGAGCCAUGGGGAUAUGCACUCCUUUGUUCGCACCUGUAAGAAACUGCGCGAAGAUGAGGCCGCGAGACUGUUCCAUCAGAUAGCGUCUGCGGUAGCGCACUGCCACGACAACAGACUGGUUCUGAGAGACCUCAAGCUGAGGAAGUUCGUCUUCAAAAAUGAGGACAGGAGCCUCAUUAAGCUGGAGAGCCUGGAGGACGCCUGCAUCCUACAGGGGGAUGACGACGCGUUGUCGGACAAGCACGGCUGCCCCGCCUACGUGAGCCCGGAGAUCCUGAGCGGCGGCGGCAGCUACUCGGGCCGAGCGGCUGACGUGUGGAGCCUGGGCGUCAUGCUCUACACCAUGCUAGUGGGCCGCUACCCGUUCCACGAUGUGGAGCCCGGCUCGCUCUUCAGCAAGAUCCGGCGGGGCCAGUUCAGCCUGCCGGAGACCCUCACCCCUAAGGCCCGCUGCCUGAUCCGCAGCAUCCUGCGGCGGGACCCGGCCGAGCGCCUCACCUCCCGGGAGAUCCUGGAGCACCCCUGGUUCUCCUGCGAAAUCCAGGCCUCCAACCAGGGCUACGGGAGGAACGAGAAGGGGGCCUUGGACCAGCUGGUGCCGGACGUGAACAUGGAGGAGGAGCUGGACAAGUUCUUCAGCUGAGCGUCGGCGUCCGCGGCGACGGCGCGUCACGGAGACGGAAAGGAGCGACGCGAAAUCGAAACUUAUCACUCUGACAUGAAGGAAUCCAUCCUGACCCAUUUCACAGAAACGCAGUUCACCCCCCCCUCCUCCCCCCCCUCAGCCUGGUAAGCGUGUGCAGAGAGCGGGCCUCCUUCACGGUUCCUGCAGGAGUCGCUGGACACGCGAGGUGCAUACAUCAUGUAGCAAAUCUCUCUGAAGUGGUGCUCGUAGGUUAGACUGGCGCUAGCGGAAUAAAGCAACAAACAUACACUUGUGGAGCGAAGGAUAGCAGCUUUGUCGUCUCGAGGAGCCAAGCGGGGAACAAAACUCAACGCCGGGCAGACUUCGGGGUGUCACUCCGGCUUUCUUUUCGGGGGGGAAAAAUGUUACAAUAAGUAACUUCUUGCCUAAGCACAUUUCGCAUUGUAUUGAUCUCAAUAUAUUUUUUUUUUUUUUUUUGCUGGUGUUAAUUUGGGA